AUGGCGAAUCCCUCGCCGCCGCCGCUGACGGCUUUGCCCCUCGAGAUCAUCCACCAUGUCGUCCAGAGCUUCGUCGACGACCUUGGCCGCGCCAACAAUGUCACCUCGCUCCUGACGACGUCCAAGCAGCUCCAUGCCAUCGUGCUGCCCAAGCUCUACUCUUCGAUCCAUCUCCGCUCCCUCUCCCAGGUGGACUCCUUCCUCUUUCCUAGUUCGGCCGCUCGACGGAUAUGCGCCGACCUGACGACGGGCACGUUCCGAGUCGACAUCGCCGGCGUGCCCGGGGGCGGUGACGGCGGCGGCCUCGCCGACGAGCAGCGGCUGGCCACCGAUCGGCUCCUCCGCGUGUCGAGGGCGCUGCUCCUCUGCCCCAACGUCGCCCACGUCUCGUUCGAGUUCUUCUCGCUGCGCCACUCCGAGUUCACCACGCCGACCGAGUUCCGCCUGGCUGAACGGCACACGUUCGAGGCGGCCGUCCGCCAGCUCGCCAGGCUCAAGAGCUUCUACUGGGGUCCGCCCAAGGCCGAGGCGACCAACAUCCAGGGCCUCAGCAUCGCCGUCGUCGAUUCCGUCGUGGGGCCCCUCGUGGCCGGUCUGAUGUCGGACAAGGCCCACUUUGAGCGCCUCGAGCUGCGCAAUGCCAUGCUUCCGACCCUCGGCGGCGGCCUCAAUGUCCUGCGCGCCGCACUGAGCUUUCUCCAAUCCAUCAAGACCGACGCCCCGGCCACGUCGGGUCCGGGCGAGGUGCAGACGGAGGCGCAGGCACAACGUAUCAAGCUGACCAUGAGCAGCGUGACCAACGUCGACCCUUGCCUCGUCGCAGGCUUGGUCAUAGGGAUAGCCCAACCGGCGCUCGGCAAGCUCCGGCCACAGGAGAGCAACGCCAUCGAGGUCCACGUCACCGACGCCUUUGUCGAGUCCGUCUGGGGACCGAGGCUCGAUACGGACCAGGUCAAGAAGGCCAUCUACGAGCUGUUCGAGUGGGACGAGGCCGUGGGUCCCGGCAAUCCCUUGGAUCCCGAUUCCCUCGAGAGAAAAGCUUGGAUACAAAGAGCCCUGUCGAGGCUUCGCAUAGAGCAGCGAUCCGUGACCUGA